AUUGUAGAAGCUGUUGUAGAAUAUGAAUAUGAGGCAGUACAAGAUGAUGAAUUGUCAUUAAAAGUAGGAGAAAUCAUAAAAAAUGUAUCACAAUCGGAAGAUGGUUGGCUUCGUGGGGAAUUAGAUGGUAAAAAGGGUGUUUUUCCAGAAAAUUUUGUACAAAGGCAAAUCAGUAGCCCUGCUAUGAGGAAUCAGAAAGUGCCAAAACAACCAGAUAAAGACAAGAUAAUAAGGGAUAAAACUGGAUUACAGAAAAGAGAAGCUCCUCAGAGGAAAUCAGUAAGAGAACUGGCUAGUAAAUUUAAAGAUGGUGUGCCUAUGGGCCUUGGAGGACCACCACCUCGCAAAAAAGGUAAAUGCAGAGCUUCCAGUCUUAAAAAGAAAUGUAAAGUGUUAUAUGAUUAUAAAAAAGAAAAUGAUGAUGAGUUAGAACUACAAGUUGGUGAUAUGGUAGAGUUUAUAAGAGAGGUAGAAGAUGGGUGGUAUGAAGGUAUAUUAAGAGACAAAGCUGGUGUGUUCCCAUCUAAUUUUGUUGAAAUGGUUACUGUAACUGAAGAUCCAGUAGAGGAAGCACUAGUACCAGAAUCUAGAGAUGUAUCAGAAGGUGAAUCUACCAAAUCAUCUAAAAAGAUCAUUGGUGUAGGAUUAGGCAAUAUUUUUCAAGGUGGUCCUAUAAAAUUACGAGCAGUAGGUAGUAAGAAACAACCAGCACCACCACCUGAGAAAGAUAAACCUCCAGAAAUUAAGGAAAGUACCAGACCACCACCUAUAACAUCUAAUAAUAAUGAUGUUGUUAAGAGAGAGAAAACAUCAGCAGUGCGUAUAUUUGUUGUAGGUGAGAAAGCAUUAGUUAGAUUUUCCUAUUCUGCCGACCAGCCUGAUGAAUUAUCUCUAAAAGAAGGUGAAGUAGUCAAUGUUAUAGAUAGACAUUUAGAAGAUGAUGGUUGGUGGAAAGGUGAAUUAAAUGGCAGAAUUGGUGUUUUUCCUGAUAAUUUUGUAGAAUUAAUGCCUCCAGAAGAUCUGAAACCUAAAAAACCUCCUCCUCCCAAUAUAUCUAGUACAGUGGCCAGCAAAAGUUUAUACCCUAAAUUACCAGAGAAAUCAGACUUAUCACAUGAUAAAAAGAUACUGUCAGAUUCUACUAAAAAUACUUCUUAUAAAAAAGAUCAUGGUGAGUUAAAUUAUUUCUAUCAUUUGGUGUUAAGCUUAGUGUUGGUUGAUAGAGAGAGAAAGAUAGAUUCAUCGAUUACAUAA